CGGUCCAUUUUUUUGUUGGUUUGACAAAUUUGUGCCCAAUCCCACUAAUUUCUUGAUAAUUAGCAAUAAGGCCCUCGUAGCUAAGAAACUAUACGUUUAUCCUUUUGUGUAUUGUGGGAGACACUUACACAUGUAACUAGUUGAACCAAUACUAGAUGAUCAUUAAUAAAUAGCAUGGCUCUCGAGUGAAACCCUAAAACUUGGGUAGAUUAUUGUACCAUGGAAAUUGCUUUUAAGCGUGGGUGUAUCAUCAAUAUAGAUAUAUUUUAUAUUAUAUGUGAGAAAAAAACUAGUGAGAUCAUCCACUUAAGUGUUAUAUACUAACUAAAAGAUAUCAUAUGCGCCACUUAGUAAAUGCCAAUGAUGUAUUAUUAGAGAUAGUAAAGGAUUAUACGUGAAUGUGUUCAGUGCUGGUCUGUGUUAGUGAAUAUGUUCGGUGCUGGUUUUGACCCCAUUUCAUGAAUUUUUAUAUAUAAUACUUUUGCUUACCUCAUAAUUAUUAAGUUAAUUGGUCGUAAAAAUGGUGCUACUUAGUGGAUGAAACCUCAUCCAGAAUCUUCUACCGAACCAAAACUCUUUAAAUACUAAUCUAUAACACGACUACAUUACUAAUUAAGCUGAUCCCUGCAGCCACCACAUAAUAGGGUAGCUAGAGAAAGCAGAAGAAUCAAGAGCAAUGAUGGAAAAGUGUAGGAGAGAGACGUUGCUUCUCAUUUUCCUAACAAUAUCAUCAGUGGCAAGCGGCACAAGUCCAUGGAUGCCGAUGGACGGAAAUUAUGGUACUAGUUAUUGCUUAAGCUGGAGACUAGCAGUAGAGACCAACAAUGUACGUGCGUGGCGCAUUGUUCCUCUGCAGUGUCUGCAUUACGUUGAGGUAUAUAUGCUUGCUGGUCAGUAUGACAGAGACGUCCAGUUGACUGUGGACCAAAUAAGGGUUUAUCUCAAUGAGAUAACCCUCCCUGGUGAUGGCAUGGACGCAUGGAUCUUGGAUGUUGAUGAUACUUGCUUCUCAAAUGUCUUUUACUAUCGCCUUAAGAGAUAUGGAUGUGACCCUUAUGAUCCAACCGGAUUUAGAACAUGGGCGAUGAAAGGAGAGUCUCCAGCAAUACAACCUGUUCUUGAAUUGUUCAAUAAACUGAUAGAAACAGGCUUCAAAGUUUUCCUAAUAACCGGAAGAGACGAAGAGACCCUUCGUCAGGCAACAGUAGAGAAUUUGCAUAACCAAGGAUUCACUGGUUAUGAAAGGUUGAUUAUGAGGACAGCAGAUAACAAAAGACAAAGCGCAACAACAUACAAAACAAGAGUCAGAAAGGAAAUGAUGGAAGAAGGUUACAGGAUAUGGGGAAAUGUAGGCGACCAAUGGAGUGACUUACAAGGAGAAUAUACAGGGGAUCGUACCUUCAAGAUUCCUAAUCCUAUGUACUUCGUUCCCUAAUCCCGAAUUUUACUAUAACCAUUUUCUACCUAUCAAAUACAUGUACAACAUACACAAAGGGUAUGUCUCAACUUAAGUUCUGUGUUAAGAAGUUAGUUUCUCCUA